CCUGCCCCGCGCGCCCAUCGAUCUGCUCGGCCACCGCGCGCCUGCGCCUUUGGGCUGUCAGUGCAGGCGGCGUGGGGAGCGCAGGGAGCGGUUGUGGCGCCCCGGGAGCCGAGUUUGUAAAAAUGGAAUUUCAAGCAGUAGUGAUGGCAGUUGGAGGAGGAUCGCGGAUGACAGACCUGACUUCUAGCAUUCCCAAACCUCUGCUUCCAGUUGGGAACAAACCUUUAAUUUGGUACCCAUUGAACUUGCUUGAGCGUGUUGGAUUUGAAGAAGUCAUUGUUGUUACAACCAGGGAUGUCCAAAAGGCUCUAUGUGCAGAAUUCAAGAUGAAAAUGAAGCUAGAUAUUGUGUGUAUUCCUGAUGAAGCUGACAUGGGAACUGCAGAUUCUCUGCGCCACAUAUAUCCAAAACUUAAGACAGAUGUACUGGUCCUGAGCUGUGAUCUGAUAACAGAUGUUGCCUUACAUGAGGUUGUGGACCUUUUCAGAGCUCAUGAUGCAUCACUUGCCAUGUUAAUGAGAAAAGGCCAAGAUAGCUUAGAACCAGUUCCAGGUCAAAAGGGAAAAAAAAAAGCAGUGGAGCAGCGUGACUUCAUUGGAGUGGACAGCACGGGAAAGAGGCUGCUCUUCAUGGCUAAUGAAGCAGACUUGGAUGAAGAGCUGGUCAUUAAGGGAUCCAUCCUGCAGAAGCACCCCAGAAUACGUUUCCACACAGGCCUUGUGGACGCCCAUCUUUAUUGCUUGAAAAAAUACGUUGUGGACUUCCUAAUGGAAAAUGAGUCAAUCACUUCCAUCCGGAGUGAACUGAUUCCAUACCUAGUAAGAAAGCAGUUCUCCUCAGCUUCCUCACAACAAGGACAAGAAGAAAAAGAGGAAGAUCUAAAGAAAAAGGAGCUGAAGUCCUUAGAUAUUUACAGUUUUAUAAAAGAAGCCAAUACACUGACCUUUGCUCCCUAUGAUGUCUGCUGGAAUGCCUGUCAAGAAGACAGACGGGAAGACUUGUCUAGAUCACAGGUGCGCUGCUAUGUCCAUAUCAUGAAAGAGGGGCUCUGCUCUCGAGUGAGCACCCUGGGACUCUACAUGGAAGCAAAUAGACAGGUGCCCAAAUUGCUACCUAUUCUUUGUCCAGAAGAAUCACUGAUCCAUUCAUCAGCCCAGAUUGUCAGCAAACACCUGGUUGGAGUUGACAGCCUCAUCGGGUCAGAUACACAGGUUGGAGAGAAGUCGUCCAUUAAGCACUCAGUCAUUGGUUCAUCCUGUGUCAUAAGAGAUAGAGUGACUAUCACCAAUUGCCUUCUCAUGAACACAGUCACCGUGGAAGAAGGGCAGCAAGUGCAGCUCUCAGAGCCAAACAAGAUAUUAGUAUUCGUCAUUGUUACCUGAAUGUCCUCUUCGCCUGCACUCAGCUGACUGCCCUGCCCACUGGGCCUUUGCUUUUCUACUCCCCUUUAUUCCUGACAUCCACUCUGCCUAAACUGCCUCCCUCUAGAGAUCUUUACCUCUAGAAAUCUUACCCAUCUUUCAAGGUCCAAUACGUAUGCUGGCUCUUCCACGCAGCCUUCUUGAAUUGUUCCAGCCAGAAAUUAUUUCCCACACCUCUGUGUUCCCUGUGCACCCGUAGCGCUUUGCUUAUGUUCGUGUGGUACUCACUGCAUCUUUCUUUUUUCCUCAACUAGACUGUAAAUUCCUUGAAUAUGAAAUAGUUUUUAUAUGUCUUUGUACCCCUUAAACCCUAAUACUGUAUUUUUUAUAUACUAGAUACCUUGUAAGUAUUUACUGAGUGAAAAAUAAAGAUCCUUGAUUUAACCCCCUCUACUAUAAUUGACUGAGUAUCUGUCAAGACAGCGCUGUCUAAUUCUAGAAAAAAUCGUGGAGUAAAUACUUUGCUCCUUGAAACUCACCAAAAUGAAAACAAACAAGCAAGCAAAACCAGAAAAGGAAGCUUCAUCUAUAAUAAAACUAGAUAACUGCCAUGUACCCAUACACAGACUAAAGAAUUUCUGCCAGACAUGGUGAAAUUUACAUCAAACUCAAAGAGAACACCAAAAUUCAACGAGCAUGAGGAAUAGGGGCAUGGGUGAACCAAAGGAGAAAUGGCAAACACCCCUUUUGCAAAAUCUCAAGGCACAUAGAACUGAAAGAAAAAAAACCAUCAAGGCACAUAGAAGGGAGAGAAUCAGGCUGGCUCAGACUUUUCCAUGAGAACAUUUCAGCCCAGAAGACAUUGAAACAACAUUUAGAAAAUUUGGAGGGAAAACUAUUGUGAUCUAAAAAUUCUAUACCUAGUCAAGUUAUAGUUGAACUAUAAAAUCAUCAGAAAUACUCCAGGGCUCAAGAGAUGUGUCACCCAUGAACCCUCUGGAAAACUCCUGUUCAGGACAUAGCCAAGUAGGAAAUGAAACAAAAUAUUGACAAAUGAGUAGGUUGAGUAUAAACGUGAACUCCUUUAAACAUAAAACUGUCUGGUAAUUACAGUUGCAAAAAAGAGAAUAAUUGUUAAAAGAAUUCUGUGUUUCUUCAGUCACACUCUUGAAAACACCAAAUUAUGAAACCUUGGGAAAAUCCCCUUGACUUAAGGGGCUCCUUAGGACUUUGGGUUCACUCCCUGCCUUUGAACCGUUUGCACUAAACCCAUCUUCUUGGGUGGAGAAUACUACCCCUUAAUUCUUUUAAGUUUGGUACAUCUUUACUUUGAUCCUCCCAAACCCUUCUUAGGAGGGAGAUAUUUCUCACCACUAAACCUUUAUAUAGUGAAGGGAGGCACAUAGAACUAAAGGAGGAAAUUUUCAGCCUGCUCACUGGAACCAGUACAUUUUAGUCUAGAAGACCCAAGAGCAAGAGUGGCCAGAGAUGGGAAGACAGUGAGAUAUUUAAGUAUUAUAUCUCAUUAUGUGAAUUAACCUGGAUAAAUCUCACAAAUAUGACGUAGAUGGGGAAAAAAGCAGAAGGAUACAUAGAGAAUGAUGGCAUUUCUAUAAAAUUUUACAACAUGCAAAACAAUACUAUAUAUUGCCUACUAAUAUAUGUAGUAAAAAUGCUUAAGACAAUAAACAGCAGAGUCAAACAGUGGUUACCUCCGGUGGGAGAAGGAGGGAAGUGUGAUCAAAGAGAGGUGCACAGCAGGUUGUAUUGUUUGUUUCUUGAACUGUUCAGUGGGCACAGAGGUGUUCGUUAUAUUCUCUAUACUUUUUCCCAUGCCUGAAAUAUUUCAUUAAAAAUAAUAUGUGGUCCAGAGGGGCACCUGGACCAACACCCCUUGGGCUAAAGUUAGGAGGCUCUGGCACCUGGAGAGGUGUAGGUGACUCAGCCAUAAUCUUUGGACUGAAGUAGUCAGUUGGCCCAAAAGAGACUGUAGUCACAUGCCUAGAAAAGCUACAUGUAUCUCCAGUUCCAUACUUUUCUCUUCCCAUAAACUUAUGAGUAAGUUUAGAAAGCCUGCCAACUAAUUCCCAGAGAAGAACCUGCCUGUUCUCAGAGUUACUGAGAAGUUUCAUGGCUCUUUGCCAAAAACUGCCCAGUCAACAGCUGAGACAGAAGCCCAUGACACAAAAGAGAGACACUUACCACCGUGUAGGCUUGGGCACAUUGCUUAACCUCUGUGAGCCUCAGUUUUCUCUGUAAAAAUUAGAAUAAAUGCCACCAUCCCUGCAGGUUUACUAAAAGGAUUAAGUUAUACAAUGAAUGUAAAGUGCUGUGUGCAAUGACUGAGAUGUAUUAGACUUUAGAUUUAUGUGAGUUCCCUUUCCUCCUGGAAUAAACUGAAAAAAGUCCUAAGUAAAGCCAGAAGAGGAGUGAGAAUUGGAGGCACUCUUGCUUCCCAGGUCCGGGCUGCUUCAUCGGUAUGCCACGACAUGGUAUAGCGUGGUGUGCCUAACCAAGCAGUGAUCUUACUGGAAACCUUUGUGUUUUUCUCCUGGCCUCCUCUCCACUGAAGCGUCAGGGUUUUCAGGGUAAUUUCCCAAGGCCUGUACCUUUGCUUACAAUUUGAUCCUACCAAGGAGAAAUGAGGAGCAAAGACCCCAUUAAUCUUAGUCAUCUCUGAGCAGCUUCUUAGAGAACACAGCCUGGCAUUAACACACAAUGCUUAAUACCAAACUGAGAGUUAAGACUAGGAUGCAAAAACUAGUUCCGGGACUGGGGCCACUUCUUUUCUUGAGCUAUGUGGAAGUCACUCCCCUCCCACCCUAGGCACUGAGCAGAAAACAUAGAGUCCUUACUGUGGAUUGGCAACCUUGAGAAGGCUUGUUUGAUGUAGUAGUGUCUGUCCUUCCCUCUACAUGAGCAAACACACACACUUCCAGUAAAAUCCUUAAUCUUGGAGUUUCUUUCUCAUGGAGGGAAGGUUAUAUUGGCUUGAAAUUUUUCCAGAGUGCCUCGGCCUUGCUAAUGGAGGUGACUUGUGAGUACAGCAGUGACACUGGGGAAGAAUUGAAGAAACUAGUGGUAGAAAAGAGGUUCACAGUCACUCAGCAUUUUGUCAGCUGUUCGUCUCAAAGCCUUCCACAGAUCAGCUGACCAGGGGCCUCAGGAGAGCCUCCAGCUUCCCAUCAUUCAACCUACUUUUUCCCUAACACAUCUGCAGGCUCUACAGCGUGUCUCAGAGGGAGUUAUACUCAGACUAGGCGAGACAAGCAAUAUGAGAGGUUCCCGAAGACCUGUCAGACCUACUAAACAUAAGGAGAACCCAGGCUAUCCAUUGCUGUGGAAAUGUGACCUCAAUCGUUCCAGCUUCUUCCUUCCAGAAACGGUUCUCAUUUAUAUCCCAGAUUCCAAAAUAGCCAUUUAGUAGUCUCUAAUUAUGACUGUUUGAGUUCCUGUUGGCUGUUUCUUCUCAGCUGACUGUGUUUACCCCUUGCCUAGCUCCAGAGCAUGCAUUCUCAGGCUUUUAAACUACUGAGCAGGAAGCUGCCCCUACUCCCACCUUGGAAAAAGAAAUGAGACUUUUCAGGGGCAAACUAGUAGCCAGUUGUAAGCCACCUCUGUCCCAAGAGCCUCUGUAUCUGAGGCUUUCAAUACUUCCUUAUUACUCUUGUUGGGGGAAUUUUUCCCAGCGCGCAGCAACCACCCUAACUGCUGACUGGACUGCUUUGCCUAAGGCAGAGGGCAAGGUAGAAAGUUCUGGAAGGUCCCUUAAUGCCCACCCACUGAGUGAAUCAGGAGUUUGAGCCAAAAAACAAACUAAUACUGUCUGCCCAUCUCUAGCCAGCACCAGAGAGGUGCUGUGGCUUUGGCCUUUUACUGCCGUCUGACAGGCUGUAACGUUCUAGAAGAAUAGAGAUAAAGGAGAUGCUGGAAUGUCAUAAAGUGCUAGAAUUCCUCUUUUGCAUUUCACUAAAGUUUUGUUAUUUGGGGAGAAUCUUUUUUAAUGGCCCGUGCAUCGAUAGUUUUAGUCCUUGGAAUGUCCUCUUGCCCAUCUCCCAUACCUCCUAGGUUGCUUGAGGAUUCUUCCUUAGUCUUUUGUUUUGUUUUGUUUAAAUAGAUGCUCACACACUUCCUACUUGCCUCCUUUCCCCCUCCAGCUGCCCACUUCUGACUCUUCAGAGCUCUAAAUAUUCCCUUGUUAGGACAGAGCUCCUUCCACAGAGCCAUCUCAGCUCAGAAAAGUAGCUCAGCAGUUCUAGCUUUCUCCGGUCCUUUUUCCCCUUCAUUUCUUUGUAUGGCAUUAUGAUUAAAUGUAUGGAUUCUGGAGACAGAUAAACCUAGAUUUGAAUCUGCUACUUGGUAGUUAGGUGGUUUGGGGUAAAUGGUUAGACUUCUCUAAAUCUGUUACCUCGUCUGCAAAAUGUGGUUGUCAUUUUUACUGUAUCAGAGAUAAAAAUGACACUCCCAGAAUCAUCUAGGACAUUGAGUGUGUUUUUGUUUGUUAUUUUUUAUAUUGCCCAGGUGAUUUUCCUGAUGAAAUGGCUAGAUUUGUAAGUCACUCCUGUAAUUUACAUAGAGUAUAGGACAGUACCUGGCAUAGAAUAGGUAUGCAAUAAAUGCUAGUGAAGUUUUUCAAAAGGACCUUUUCUUCCCACCCACCUGUCUUCAGGAGCCAGGAGGAUGUUCCUUAAACACAUUCAAAUGCUAAAAGCCAGCAGUGCUACUCUUGAGAGUGUGGCUUUAGGGUCUGGAGUAGUCUUAUAUGUGGCAUGGAACUGGUUUUAAAAACAUCCUUUUUUUCCUAAAUGAGUAUGGUUCUGAUUAACCAGAGUCUGUGGCACCCAUUGUUUCCAUAGCUGAUCUCUUACAGAGAUUCAUGGGAUCUGAGCCUCAAAUGGGAUGUGGUAUAUAUUCCCAGAUGAGAGGCAGGAGUGAUGGGUACCAGCAUCAGUUUCCACCCCCAGACCAAAGGAGAAGAGAUUGGAUGGAAUUUAGCCCUCUAGGUCUGGGGUGCCUAAAGAACUGAAGUCAGAAUGUCUGCUCUUUCCAGGCUUUGGGGGAAGAUAAUUGUAAGCUUAUCCCAACUCUGGAUUUCUCUAAAGCUGGGUCCUCCCUUGGCCCAACUGAGCCAUUCUGUCUUCUACUGAUAGCUUGAGGCAUGUAACCGUUGACUGGACUGACCAGCUGUCCUUAGCCUAGGGAGGAGCCCCCAACCCAUAGUGGUGAGGAUGGUGAUGAGAGGGUGGACACUCCCUAACUUGGCUACUG